GACAUGGAGGAUCACGGCCGGAUGAUGCAGGCUCUGAGCGGCAUGACUUUGGCCGGACACUCGGUGCAGGGAGCCGUCACACUGCCGCUGCCUCACAUCCACGACGGCACCGACGCGGACGGAAGGAAGCAGGACAUCGGGAAUAUUCUACAUCAGAUCAUGACCAUCACUGACCAGAGUCUGGAUGAAGCGCAGGCAAAGAAACAUGGAUUGAACUGUCACAGGAUGAAGCCUGCACUCUUCAGUGUUCUCUGUGAGAUCAAAGAGAAAACAGGCCUGAGUAUCCGCGGGACACAGGAGGAAGAGCCCCCAGAUGCCCAGCUGAUGAGACUGGACAACAUGCUGCUGGCAGAGGGGGUGGCUGGACCAGAGAAAGUGGGUGGAGCGGCAGUGGCCACGGUCGCAGCGGCAGCAGCGGUGGCCGUUGUGAAUGAUAACUCCAUCGAACACUCUGACUACAGGGCCAAGCUGACACAGAUCAGACAGAUAUACCACACAGAGCUCGAGAAAUAUGAGCAGGCCUGCAGUGAAUUCACCACCCAUGUAAUGAACCUGCUGAGAGAGCAGUCGCGGACACGGCCCAUCUCACCAAAAGAGAUUGAACGCAUGGUGAACAUCAUUCACCUCAAAUUCAGUUCUAUCCAAAUGCAGCUGAAGCAGAGCACCUGCGAGGCCGUCAUGAUCCUACGCUCCAGGUUCCUGGAUGCUCGACGGAAAAGGCGGAACUUCAGCAAACAGGCCACGGAAAUCCUGAAUGAAUAUUUUUAUUCACACCUGAGCAACCCGUACCCCAGUGAGGAGGCCAAAGAGGAGCUCGCUAAAAAGUGCAGUAUAACUGUUUCCCAGGGCGGGGGAAGCACCAUCACUGUGUCACAGGUUUCUAACUGGUUUGGUAACAAGAGGAUCCGGUAUAAGAAGAACAUUGGCAAGUUCCAGGAGGAGGCCAAUCUUUACGCAGCAAAGACAGCUGUGACAGCCACCCAGGCAGCAGCUGCUGCUGACAACUCUCCUACAACAGCCACCUCCGGCUUCCAAAUGAAAGAUGAGGAUUUCCAGCUGGAUGCCGAUGACAGCAAAAACUCCCUGUUAACCAGCAUGUUCACUGUUGGAUACCAUACACCAUGCUACCAGUCAGACAGGAUUCAGUGAUUACUUCAACGUUAAUGGGGACUGACAUGAUGCUCCAAGACUUCAGUGGCUUCCCCUAACGAGGGGCCAGCCAGUAUGCAUUCUGAUACCUCAAACUGACCUCUCCAACCUCAGCACAGUGU